UGAGCUUCACAUAUGUACAGGUCUGAGUGUGUAUAUGCUGUGAAGAGAUUGCUUGGCAAUUUUGAUAUGCUCUAAAUGAUUAACCCAUUUUGAGCAGUUCUUAAAAUUGGUGUUUGAUUCUUAAGAUCUUUAUCAUCAGUGGUUUUAAUGGAAGCAAGAGGUGCUGGAUCACACAAUAGAAAUCAGUUGGUUCGGAUUCGCCAUGAUUCUGAUUCUGGGCCCAAGCCCCUAAAGGAUUUGAAUGGCAAGCUCUGUCAGAUCUGCGGCGAUGAUGUCGGGCUUUCAGCUGCAGGUGAUCCGUUUGUUGCCUGUAAUGAGUGUGCCUUUCCAGUUUGCAGGCCUUGCUAUGAGUAUGAGAGGCGAGAAGGAAAUCAGUCUUGCCCUCAGUGCAAGACUAGGUAUAAGAGACUGAAAGGUUGUCCAAGAGUUGAUGGUGACGAAGACGAGGAUGAUGUUGAUGACUUGGAUAAUGAGUUUAAUUGAAUUCUAAUUUUAUUCUUCAACUCCAAGACAUGUCAAUUGAUUUUUUCC